AUGUCUAACAUAAAGUUGGGUAUUCGUGUACGACCAUUUACAGAUAAGGAAUUAAAAGGAACGAAGGAACCAACUUCGGUGAUUAAAAUAGUUGACGAAAACACAGUUUCGUUGACAAACUUCAAGGUGAGCUUGUCUGGAGCCGGAGACAGUAGGCAGCGGGUGCGCAGAUAUCAUGCACACUACACGUUCGAUAGCUCUGGUCCACCCCACCAUCCAUCGUACGCUUCACAACAAAAGGUAUUUGAUACAAUUGGCCGCGAGGUUCUCCAUUCCGUGCUAAAUGGCUUGUCGGCUUGCGUUUUGGCCUACGGACAAAGUGCGACUGGUAAGACAUUCACGAUGAUGGGAACCGAAACAAAUCCGGGCUUGAUUCCGCAGCUAUGUUUAGCAUUCUCUGAAAUGAAACCUUUGGAUAUUAAAGUAAGCUAUUUGGAAAUAUACAACGAGAAGGUACAUGAUCUCUUAUCCCCUGAGGAUUUACGCGUCAGGGAACAUCCAACUCAAGGCCCGUAUGUACAAAGUGAUGAAAAGGCUGGCGCGGAACGGUACGGAGAGUGUCGUCUCAAAGAAGGUGCUAACAUUAAUAAGUCGUUGGUCGCGUUCAGCAAUGUUGUAUCAGCUCUAGUGAACAACAACGGGCGCAGAAAUAGAUUUGUCCCGUAUCGUGAUUCGGUGCUGACUUGGCUACUCAGAGACUGUUUCACUGGCGGAGCAAACACAUUUGUCAUAGCUACUGUCUCACCAAGUGAGGUCUGUUAUAGUGAAACAGCUUCAACGCUUCGCUGGGCAGCAAGCGCCUUAAAAUUACCCAACAAACCGUAUAUACCCACAAGUGCUGAUACAAAAGCUGCUAUACAAAUACAGUAUAACCGAGCGGACAUCAUUGCAUCAGUCACUGAAAGAUUAUAUAGUAAAUUAAAAAGAAAAGAAGAUACAAGCUAUAAAAUAGAGAAUGCAGUUGAAAAAAAAAUUGUUCAGCCUCUAAAUGAGUUAAAAAUUUGUACAAAUGCAAGGCAACGGUUGAUGGAGAUAAGUCAAAAGGCUCUCAGAAAUAAGAGAAAAAUAGUUUAA